AUGAGAAAAGCUCUGCGGAGUUUCAUUACCAACGAUUGCCGAACCCAGAUUUAUGGCUCGUACGUCACAGGGCUGUUGCUCACCAUCGUUCUUCCUACUAAGUGUCUGCAGGAUGUCUUGCAGAAAUUCAAGGCCAAUGGCUUCAACACCGUGAGCAUUUACUUCUUCUGGUCCUACCACUCCGCCUCCGAGGGUGUCUUCGACUUCGAGACAGCCGGGAAGAAUAUCCAGCGUCUGUUCGACGACUGCAAGGCGGCCGGCCUCGGGCCCAUACUGCAAUGUGAGAGAGACGCCAAACUCCUGAUGCUCGAGAAUUCCUUGCUGAUUGCCACAAAGGCUGAGACCAACGGCGGCGGCCUCGCGCUCUGGGGCUCCGACGGCCGCUUCGGCAAGAUCAGGACCUCUGAUGAGAACUACUACAAGGGAUGGCUGCCGUUCAUCACCGAGGUCGGCAAGAUCAUCGCCGCGAACCAGAUCACCAACGGCGGUCCCGUGAUCCUCAACCAGGUCGAGAACGAAUACCAGGAGACGGUCUACCAGGCGAACAACACCGCGGUGGUAUACAUGGAGCAGAUCAAGAAGGCCUUCAAGGACGCCGGGGUCAUCGUCCCCCUCACGCACAACGAGAAGGGCAUGCGCUCGCGCUCGUGGUCGAUGGACUACAACAACGUCGGCGGCGCCAUCAACGUCUACGGCCUCGACAGCUACCCCGGCGGCCUGUCCUGCACCGACCCGACGGUCGGGUUCAACGUGGUGAGGACGUACUUCCAGUGGUUCCAGAACUACUCCUUCACCCAGCCGAGCUACCUGGCCGAGUUCGAGGGAGGUUGGUUCUCGAACUGGGGAAGCCAGACUUUUUAUGACCAGUGCGCCUCGGAGCAUGAUCCGGGCUUUGCGGACGUUUACUACAAGAACAAUAUUGGACAGCGGGUCACUUUGCUCAGCCUGUAUAUGACGUACGGAGGAACCAACUGGGGUCAUUCUGCUGCACCCCAAGUUUACACAUCCUACGACUACUCUGCCCCCCUUCGCGAGACUCGAGAGCAGUGGAGCAAGCUCUUCCAAACUAAGCUCAUCAGUCUCUUUACCAGAGUCUCCAGCGAGCUCCUCAAGGUCGAGAUGGUCGGCAAUGGCACCGGGUACCAGCUCUCAUCGACGUCCGCCUUCAGCUGGGUCCUCCGGAACCCCGAUACCCAGACCGGCUUCACCGUCGUGCAGCAGGCCAGCACCAAGUCCAUGACCCCGAUCCAGUUCGACGUCACCCUCAACACGACGGCCGGCGCGGUCACAGUUCCUGGUGUCACUCUCAACGGUCGCCAGAGCAAGAUUCUCGUUUCGGACUACACCUUUGGCAAGCACACUCUGCUGUACUCGUCCGCCGACGUCGCCACCUACGGCGUCUUUGACAACGAAGUCCUCGUCUUUUACCUUCAAGAAGGCCAAACUGGACAGUUUGCUUUCAAGAACGAGGGCAAUCUCACUUUCGAGGUGCACGGCGAUACCGAUGUGACGGAAACCAGCAAUGGAAACCUUACCGCCUUCACUUGGAAACAAGUCGCCGGUUCCACGGCCGUCAAGUUCUCUAAUGGCGUCCUCGUAUACCUCCUCGAGCAGAAGACGGCGUGGCGCUUCUGGGCUCCCGCCACAACGAGCAACCCAACCGUCAAGCCCGACGAGCAGUUCUUCGUCCUCGGCCCCUAUCUCGUCCGCAGCGCCAGCAUCUCCCACGGCGUCCUCCACGUCUCCGGCGACAACGACCGCGCCACGACCAUCGAGGCCUACGUUGGGGACAAGCCCAUCGAGACCAUCGACUGGAACGGCAUACGCCUGCCGGCGACCAAGACCGCCUACGGCUCCUUCACCGCCGCCAUCCCCGGCGCCGAGGACCGCACCGUCGCCCUGCCGGAGCUCAAGAACUGGCGCUCCGCCGACGCCCUCCCCGAGGCGGCCCGCGACUACGACGACUCCCGCUGGGUCGUCUGCAACAAGACCACCACGCCCAGCCCCUACGCCCCCGUCACCCUGCCCGUCCUCUACAGCUCCGACUACGGCUUCUACUCCGGCGCCAAGAUCUACCGCGGCUACUUCGACGGCGCCAACGCCACGUCCGUCAACAUCACCGCCUCGGGCGGCCUGGCGUUCGGCUGGUCCGCCUGGCUCAACGGCCAGCCCAUCGGCGGCGACGUCGGGUCCGCCGCGGCCACGACCACCAACAAGACCCUCGCCCUCCCGCGCGCCGCCCUCCGCGCGACGGACAACGUCCUCACCGUCGUCGUCGACUACCACGGCCACGACCAGGCCUCCACCGGCCAGGGCAUCAACAACCCGCGCGGCAUCCUCGGCGCCCAGCUCCAGCCGGGCAGCACCCGCACGGCCACCGGCUUCAAGCAGUGGAAGCUCGCCGGCGCGGCGGGCGGUGAGGCCAACAUCGACCCCGUCCGAGGGCCCAUGAACGAGGGCGGUCUCCACCCGGAGCGCCUCGGCUGGCACCUGCCGGGCUUCACACCCUCGUCUUCGUGGGCGACCAAGUCCCCGCUCGACGGCCUGUCCGGCGCGGGCAUCGCCUUCUACGUCACGACCUUCACGCUCAACAUCGACUCGGACCUCGACGCGCCGCUGGGCGUCGAGUUCUCCGCGCCCGCGGGCACGACGGCGCGCGUCAUGUUCUGGAUCAACGGCUACCAGUACGGCAAGUACGUGCCGCACAUCGGCCCGCAGACGCGGUUCCCCGUGCCGCCCGGCGUGAUCAACAACCGCGGCCGCAACACCAUCGCCGUGAGCCUGUGGGCGCAGACGGACGCCGGGGCGAAGCUGGACGGGCUGAAGCUGGUGCAGUACGGCCAGUACCAGACGGACUUCAAAUUCAACCGCGACUGGAGCUACCUGCAGCCCGGCUGGGAGGAUCGGGCGCAGUACGCAUGA